AUGGCCGUCAACCUCACGACGGCGACCUCAACAUUCACACCCACGCGACCCCCGGCAGUUCCCUUGGCUGUCCGCUCACCAUAUCUCAACUCCUGGUUACAGGGCGGUUCCGACCCAGUCCUGCCCGGCACUUGGCCGCGCCAUUGGAGUGGUAACACCCUCGGCUGGCAGGGUCUUGUGGCUGUCGAUGGCGUGUCCUACAACUGGAUGGGUGGUGAACCCGGUACUACGCUCGUCAACCAGGUCUCGCUCGAAUACACCUCUACACGCAGCAUUUUCACAUUUGAUGUUGCCGGAAAAGUCACCCUCACUGUCACAUUCCUGUCGCCUGUGUACGCAGACGAUUUGGCCCGCCAGUCCCAGCAGUUCUCGUAUAUUUCUGCAAAGGCAAAGUCAUCAGAUGGCAAGAAGCACAGUGUCCAGGUGUAUAUGGAUGUUUCGGGCGAAUGGGCCAGUGGGGACACCACCCAGGUUGUUGAAUGGGAUAGUGCCACAUCGGGCGAUGUUGUUUAUCACCGAUUUGCUCGCCAGGCCCAGCAGGAGUUCGCGGAGAUAGGCGAGAUCGCGAGCUGGGGAAAUUGGUACCUGGCAACAAAGGCUGGUGACGGGUUGACCUGGCAGAUUGGCCAGGACCAUGCGGUUCGUAGCCAAUUCGCCAAAGCUAGGCUUCUCGGCAACACAAAAGAGACCAACUUUCGGCCCGUACAGGAACAAUGGCCUGUGUUUGCCUUCUCUCACGACCUGGGCGAUGUUCAGAACAAUGACGUGGAACGGGUCUUCACUCUCGGCCUAGUCCAGGACCAAGUUAUCAACUUUGCAGGUGAAAGUGGUCAGCUAGCCCCCGUUCCGGGCCUCUGGUCGUCCUACUAUGACGACGAUGUCACGGCGGUUGUUAGCUUCUACCAUGAUUACCAGCAUGCCAACGAUGUAUCCUCGGCCCUCGACGACCAGGUCCGAACCGACUCCGAGGCUGCGGCGGGUGCCGACUACGCACUCAUCACCACUCUGGCCGUGCGCCAGGCAUUUGCCAGCCUCCAGUAUGCUGGUACGUCGGGGAAGCCGUACAUAUUUCUCAAGGAGAUCAGCUCAAACAGCGAUAUUCAAACUGUCGAUGUCAUCUUCCCCGCAUACCCGAUCUUCUUGUACCUCAACGCGACCCUGGGCAAGUACCUUCUUGACCCGUUGUUUGAGAACCAGGAGAGCGGUGUGUACCCCAAUGACUAUGCCGAACACGACCUAGGAACGUUCCCCGUGGCCAAGGGUUACCCAGAUGGAAAAGACGAGGCGAUGCCCCUGGAGGAGUGUGGCAAUAUGAUCAUCAUGACACUGGCGUAUGCCCAACGCACCAAAGACAAUGCGUACCUGAAGGCGCAUUAUCCCAUUCUCUCAAAGUGGGCCAAGUUCUUGGUUGACGAGUCGUUGGUUCCGGCAAACCAGCUCAGCACCGAUGAUUUUGCUGGCACUCUAGCUAACCAGACCAACCUCGCCAUCAAGGGCAUCAUCGGGCUCAAAGCCAUGUCGGAGAUUGCCAAACUAACCAACAAUGAAGACACGUUUGGCGCGACGGCGGACAAGUACCUUGAGGGCUGGAGGGGUUACGCCAUCAACACCCAGGCGAAGCCCCCGCACACCACCUUGAGCUAUGGUCAAAGUGACACCCACGGCAUCCUCUACAACAUCUACGCCGACAAACUCCUCAACCUCAACUUCAUCCCCCAGGACAUCUACGAAAUGCAGUCCAACUUCUACCCCACCAUUGCCAACGAGUACGGCGUCCCGCUCGACACCCGCCACUCCUGGACCAAGAGCGACUGGGAAAUGUUUGCAGCUGCCGUCGCCUCCCCCGAGACCCGGGACAUGUUCAUCUCCAAGAUUGCCCACUGGAUCGGUGCCACGGGCACGAACCGCGCAAUGAGCGAUCUGUACGACUCCCAGACGGGCGGAUACCCGGAUGGGGGUCCGACGUUUGUGGCGCGGCCUGUGUCCCUCUCCCCCGAGGAGCAGCGACUUUUCCGCUUGUACGGCAAGCUCCCCAACCGCAGCGACCACUUCGCCAAGCAUCUCAAAGAGCGCAAGUACUUCGACAGCGGCGACUAUGCCAUGAGCAAAGCUGGCAAGGGUGACAGCGUCGACACCGGCGCCGUCGGCAGCCAACACCCCGUCCCCGAGAACAUCCCGCACCUUUCGAGCCCCGUCAGCGGGCCCAACGGCCUGGGAAAUAGUUCACUACACCCUCACCACCAGCACCAGGUUCAGCACCACCCAGGCUUGCAAGCCGGCAGCCCAGUAAAGGAAAGCAGUUUCCUCAACCGUGAGACAAGCGCGGAGGAUGUCGAGGGCGGUGGUGCAGCCGCCUCGGAGGAGCAAAAACAAGAGCAACAGCCACAGCAGAAAGAGCAAGGUGCCGCUAAUACCACAUCUGAGGAGACGGUGCCGUCUCAAGUGGCGACCGGCGAGAAGGCGGAGCUCCCGGUUCGGCGGUGA